AACUGGAACGUGGUCUUGAAUUCCCUAAGAAUGUAACCAAUCAAACCCCUGCUCUCUCUCUCUCUCUCUCUCUCUAAAAAUGUAACCCCUCUCCCUCUCUAAAAAAUGUAACCCCACUGCGCGCUCUCUCUCUCCUCCCUGUUAACCUCGCGCUCCAUUUGCCAAUCUUCUCUCUCACUCCCAGUCUACUGCAAUCCAGGUCUCUUUUCUUCUUGGCAAUUCAUGUAUUUUCCCUGAGUGCAAGCUUUCUCUAUGUAGGCCAAACACCACAAGGUGCAUUGUCUCUCUCUCUAGAAGGAUUGGGGCAAUAUGAUGAUCGAUCUGGGUCCAUUCUCAGAGGAAAAAUUCGACCCCAAGAAAUGGAUCAACGCUGCUUGCCAGGCAAAACACCCACAAGACUCCAUGGACAAGCACCUUGCAGAGCUUGAGAUGAAGCUUCAGGUCAUCUCUGAAGAGAUCUCUUCUUCCCUUGACGAACUAAGCGCUUCUGCUUUGCUUCGAAUCCCUCGCGCAAGCCGUGAUGUUGUUCGCCUUCGCGAUGAUGCCAUUUCUCUCAGAUCUGCAAUUUCAGGGAUUUUGCAGAAGCUUGAGAAGGCAGAAGGGUCCUCGGCAGAGUCAAUUGCGGCACUUGCGAAAGUUGAUAUUGUUAAGCAACGCAUGGAGGCAGCUUAUGAGACACUGCAGGAUGCUGCAGGACUGACUCAAUUAAGUGCAAGUGUGGAGGAUGUAUUUGCAAGUGGAGAUCUUCCAAGGGCUGCAGAAACUUUGGCAAAUAUGAGGCAUUGCUUAUCUGUAGUUGGUGAGGUUGCAGAGUUUGCCAAUGUGAGAAAGCAACUUGAGGUGUUAGAGGAUAGGUUAGAAGGAAUGGUUCAGCCUCGUCUAUCAGAUGCCCUGUCUCAUCGCAAGGUCGAUGCUGUCCAUGAUUUAUGGGAUAUCCUUAUUCGGAUUGGUCGGUUCAAGUCCAUAGAGCUAAACUAUAUUAAGAUUCAUUUGAAGCCUAUUCGCAACCUUUGGGAAGGCUUUGAAGUGAGAAAGGGAUCAGAUAUGUUGGUAACUGAAAAGCAUGUGGGAGAGAAGAAUGUGUCUUCGUUCUCUAGUUGGUUACCAAGUUUCUUCGAUGAAGUUCUGCUUUAUCUUGAGCAAGAAUGGAAGUGGUGUAUGGUUCCUUUCCCUGAUGAUUAUAAGACUCUUGUCCCAAAGUUAUUAAUUGAGAUCAUGUCUACAUUGAGUGCAAGUUUUGUUACUCGUAUUAAUAUUGCGACUGGGGAGGCUGUAGCAGAGACGAGGACAUUGGCAACAGGUGUGUUAGACAUAUUAUCUGGUGAUACGUCAAAAGGAACUAAGCUACAGACAAAGCAUUUUGAGAGUUUGAUUGAACUUCACAACAUGACGGGUGCUUUCGCAAGAAAUGUCCAACAUUUGUUUUCAGCAUGUGACCUACAAGUUUUGGUUAACGUGCUAAAGGCUGUCUACUCUCCAUAUGAUACCUUUAAACAAAGGUACGGGCAGAUGGAGCGUGCUAUACUUUCUUCUGAGAUUGCAAGAAUUGACCUUAGGGGAGCUGUUUCUCGUGGUGUGGGUGCACAGGGCAUCGAACUUAGUGAGACAGUUCGAAGAAUGGAAGAGUCCAUUCCCCAAGUCGUUGUUUUUCUUGAAGCAGCUGUAGAGAGAUGUAUAAGCUUUACUGGGGGUUCGGAAGCUGAGGAACUUCUUCGUACCAUCGAUGACAUCAUGCUUCAAUACCUAUCGACCCUCCAAGAAACCCUAAAAUCCUUGAGGUCAAUAUGUGGCGUUGAUAAUCUAUCCCAUGGUGAUGGAGUUGGGCAGAAGGACAUGGGUCCAGAGAGAAAAGAGAGCAUGCAUAAUUCUCGAAUCCUUGAUAUGGUUUCGGAUGAGGAGGAAUGGUCUAUUGUCCAGGGAGCAUUGCAGAUUCUUACUGUCGCUGAUUGCUUGUCAAGCAGAUCCUCUGUCUUUGAAGCUUCCUUGAGGGCUACUUUAGCAAGGUUUAGCACUAGUUUCUCACUUUCCAUCUUUGGUACAAGUCUAGAUCAAUCUCAUAAGGCAGAUACUGAAACCCCUGGGAAUAGAGAGUUAGUGGGAAGGGCAGCCCUCGAUGUGGCAGCUCUGCGCCUUACUGACGCACCCGAGAAGGCUAGAAGGAUUUUUAACCUUUUUGAACAGUCAAAAGACCCAAGAUUCCAUGCACUCCCUCUCUCAUCUCAAAGGGUGUCGGCCUUCUCAGAGGCUGUCAAUGAGCUAGUGUACGAUGUUUUAAUAUCAAAAGUGAGGCAACGGUUGAGUGACGUUGCUAAGCUCCCUGUCUGGUCAUCAGUGGAGGAGACAGUGAGCCACAAAAUGCCAAGCUUUAGCGCUUAUCCUCAGGCCUAUGUGACUAGUGUUGGGGAGUACCUCCUCACCCUGCCUCAGCAAUUAGAGCCAUUGGCCGAAGGGAUCUCCAACUCUGAAUCCAAUGCUGAUGAGUCCCAGUUCUUUGCAACUGAAUGGAUGUUUAAGGUUGCAGAAGGGGCCACUGCAUUAUACAUAGAGCAAUUGAGGGGGAUUCAGUAUAUUACUGACCGGGGGGCUCAGCAGCUAUCAGCUGACAUUGAGUACCUGAGUAAUGUGCUCUCUGCUCUCUCCAUGCCUGUCGCUCCUUUCUUGUCCACCUUCCAUACCUGCCUUUUGACCCAAAGGGACCAGCUUCGUGAUCUCGUAAAGUCGGAUGGUGGGAAUCAGCUCGAUUUGCCAACUGCACGUCUCCUAUGUAAGAUGCGGCGAGUCUCACUGGAUUAGUGAUUUGCAGACACACACACUCUCUCUCAUAUUAUCAUUCUGUGUGAACCACAAAGUCAAUCCAAAAUCCCUUUAGUUGUAUUGUAAUUUGAACGUGUAUACUGUACUGUGGGAGUACAUUUUUUACUUACCCCGCAGGCCCUAGUUAUGGGGAUUUUUUUAUCUGAAAUUUUGAGAUCCACUUUAUUUAUACCAAUGAGUAUUUCCAAGGAGACAAAUUGGAUUUU